CGACGAAUCGUCUUCCCAGCUCCAAACUACGAUUUUUGUUUUUCCGGAGGGGGCCGCCAUCGUUCAUAUUUACUCAAGCGAAAUGGCAAAAUCACACAAAGGCAUGGGAGACUCGGAGUGGAUGGCACGCCUGAGAAAGUUUGCCAGCACGGUGGCCUGGCCUGCAGGUGAGGGAAACAGGCCAGCCCCCAGGCAGACAAGUGGUGGUACGAGCUGUGUCAAAGGAUUGAGAAAUGCCCGAUGCAAAAACAAGGACAAAUGUCCUUGUUUGGCCAAGCGAGGAAGUGUCUGUGUGGAUUCCACACUCAGAAGGCAGCAGCAGGGCAGCACACUGAAGCACCGAGUCCGGUGCAAGGCAUUGUGGCCCAACACACUGCAACAGCGGGUCUGGUCCAAGCGACUGUGGGUCAGCAGAGUGCAGCACUGGGACUGGGAGUGCCGGGGGCGGUGGGCCAUAAGCAGCGACCAUCAAUGAAUUUGUCAAUGUUUACAAAGCCAAGAUUUGGUGGAGCUCAUCUUGAUGCGGCAAAGCCAAAUCUAAGUAAAGCCAGGCCCAGAAUAGCAACCCAGACCCAAGUCAACGACCCCACCGACGAAAGGGCCAGUUCCUCAGCCAACAUUGCUGUCUCAGCUCCAGAGUCUCAGACAGUUUCAGCUUCAGCACCUGUCCUCAGUCCAGUAGCAGUGUGUGCCACUGUGUCCACUGCUGACUCCAGGACAGAGACACCUGAAGCUGUAACAUCGCUGCCCCGUUUGUGGUCAGAGGGCUUGCCCCCUGAAGACCACAAAUGGAUUUUAAAGACAGUGAUGAAGGUGGGGCCCAAGGGAAAACUGAAGCUUCAAGACCACCUGAAGCUCUGGUUCUUUCCCCCACAACCAAGCCCUCUCUACCACCAGGCUCCUGCUCCCGACCGCUUUUUUUCGCAUCCACUUCUUGUCUGGAUGCCCUACAAGUUGUGGAAAGUGAAGGUGGUCUGUCCCAACCCUGUCUGUGGACAGCAUCAGCUCACAAAAAGGCGGGCUGCACAAGAGGGCACGACAGGUCCUGGAUGUGGACAGGAUCUACAAUAUGGUGACAGAGACUCUAACCUGCACCAAAUGUAGAUCCACCCAUGUGUCGUGGAGCCAGACUGUCCUGAAACAACUGGACUUGGCUCACAGAUCUGAAUUUCGGGUCAUCCUGACACAAAAGUGAGUAACUUUUCUCUCGUGCCUUGUCAAACAGAAUUGUGUAAAACAAUGUAAUUGAUAUAUCUGUUUAUGGCUGUCGAACGUUUGCGUGUGACAUCCG